GAAAAAUAUUAGUAUAAUAAAGUAAGUAGUGUGUAAAACAAAGAAGAAAAGAAUAUAUAAUAAAUGAAAGGAAGAAGUCAAAGGAUUAUGUUAAAAGAAAAAUCCAAACAAAUUAAGUGCAAAUUGUGUAAUAAGUGGUAGGGUAGUAAAUGGGGGCAGUUGACCUUUGCCCCUCUGGUCAAUGCUUCUGCGCUUUCAUUCUUCUCUCUUCAUGAUGACUUAAUUAACAGCAGACCACCUGAAAUUCGUUCGCAACGACGUCGUUUCACACCUCAAUUCCACCCCCAAUUCUACUAGCCCUAAUCAUCAUCUCUGUUCCCCCCCUCUGCAAUUCCCCUUCAAACCCUAGCUUUAAUGGCUUCUGAAAAGUUGGGCAUGGUUCCACCUCAACAAGUUCACAACGGACUCAACCCGCACCCGCAGCUGGUUUUCCCGGAAGCUUUCUCGUGUGGCCCACACCCGCCGCACCGCCGUCCCGCGGCCGCCGGUGAUCCCGGUCCUAAAGCUGCCACGCGAGAGCUCACCGCCAGCUUCCUCGAUCACCACAACUAUUUUCAGUCCCAGCCCCAGCAGCAGCACCCGCCGCCGCAGCCGUGCCAGUUCCGCCAUCAAUGGAGCGCGAACAGCCGUAGCUCCGGCGGAGACGCGUCGGAGGACGACGAUUUGGAGGACGAAGACGAUGGCGACGACGACGACGAUGACGAGGAAGAAAAUGCUGGGAACAAUUUGCAGAAUAUUGUCACCGUCGCUAAAAUCAGUGACAAUUAUCAAAAGGAAAGAUACAGCGCCAACGCUAAUAGUCAGAAAAUGAAGCACAUUUCGGCAUUAGGUAUCAAAGAAGGGAAUAUGGCACACCAUGGAAACGAAAGCAAUAACAAGAGCGGUGAAGUGAGGAAUUCAAGCAGCGGUGAAAUUUAUUACUCGCAGUAUUUAAACGGGGCAGAGGGUCCCAGCUCCUCGUCGGGGCAGAAGGAUGUUGUGUUGAUCGAUAGCGGUUGCGGAUUUAGUGGAAAUAAGGAAGGAUUCUAUCUAAGUGAAUCCGGGGAGUCUUUGAGGGCUAUCUUGUCGGAUCCUAUAACAGGAACACUUAUGGAAGAUGCCAUGAUAUUGCCCUGUGGACAUUCCUUUGGUAGUGGUGGAAUACAGCAAAUCAUUAGAAUGAAAGCUUGCUUUACGUGCUCGCAACCGGUGACGGCGGACAUGAUUGCUCCAAAUCUAUCUCUACGCCUAGCUGUCCAGGCAUUCAGGAGGGAAGAUGAGUUGCAAGUUCACCAUACGUCGAAAAGAAGAAGAGAAAGAUAUGAUCGGCACAAGGGGACAAUUAGUGAUUCCAUGCUCACGGAUCACCACAGAAGAAGAGGAGUUCAGUUUCCAUUUGCAGUAUCCGAUCGUGUUAUCAUAAAGGGUAAUAAGAGAACACCUCCGCGGUUUGUUGGAAGAGAAGCUAUUGUUACUACUCAGUGCUUGAACGGAUGGUAUGUGGUGAAGACAUUGGACAAUGCAGAAAGUGUGAAGCUGCAGUAUCGGUCGUUAGAUAAAGUUACAGAGAAUCCGCUUCCAAAGCCAAUGGCAAUGCCGAUAAAGACAACCCCCGACUGGUUAUAGGGUUAAUUACAUUUAGUGAAAUAAUCACAGAAUUAUAUAGUGUAUUGUUUAUCCUUGUUUAAAAUGUUAAACUUAAUCUAAUUUGUUGUGCUUGUAAUGCAUCUCCGGUGUAAUUUAUCCCGUCGAUAUUUGUCGCGCAGUGGCAGAGUUUGUAAAUUAUAGAGGUGUUGGUUGCCACUUGAGUGAUGAUCUGAUGGUGAAGAUAGGGGGAUGUGAACAUGUUAUAAAUUAUUAUAUUUUGUUGUUUUAAAGAUGUAAAUAGAAAGUUUUGAUAUAUGAUGUUUAUA